CCUUCCUCUUCAGUUCCCGUUUUAUCCCACUUCCCAUUUCCCAUUUCCCGUUUACUCCAUCCACUCCAGAUUUUGGCGCUAGCUUGGGCCAAGUAGAGACUCUCACCCCGCAACAACAUCCAUCAUGGGCAUGGCUUCGGUUACCGUAUUCCGACUCCGACGGGGAGUCCCUUUGUCUCACUCUCACACUCACACUCACGUGCCAUGCCAGUCCAGCCCUCGAAUUCAAAUCAAUGAUUACAUCUUAAAUAGCUUGAUGAUCAAAGUUGACACUUUUGCACUAUAAUCAAUAAUCAAGCCUUUCAUGACGGUUUUGUUGCUCAGAUGAGAAAAUACAAUUCAACAACAUGUCCCCGAUGUCGGGACUGAACCGGAUCUCCCUUUCCAACCCUCGUUUUCUAAGAACUUGCCACCGAUCUUUUCACAUCUCAUCUAUUAGAAGCUAUCGAGAUGCACAGUUUCGACGUUCAGAUUACGAUGGUCAAGGUUGGACUUCAUCGUAUGAGCCUGGUGUCCCAACAAAGGGCCCUCUAUCUCAAGCUUCUAAACAUGGGGUUCCAUCUCUCACACCCUUAUCACUGAAAAAUCAUCUGGAUAAAUUUGUUGUCGGACAAGAUAGGGCGAAGAAAGUCACCUGUGUGGCUAUUUAUAACCAUUAUCAACGAAUUCGAGAAUUAAAGAGGCAGGAAGCUGAGGAGCAGGAAAGGAGGGAUCAGUAUAGCAGGAGACACUUAUAUGAACGGGAACGUAAUAGUCAUCCAGUUGACAGUAAUUAUAUCUACACUUCAUAUCACAUGUUGGGACUCUAACUCAGCAUCAGAUGAAUACGUUGGCCACGCCAUCCAAACCGCCGACCUAAAUGCUCCAUAUCGUGAACGCGAGUAUGAUGAAGAACCUGAAUUGGGUUCUAGACCACUAGAAGAUCCCUCACAAAACCGCACCAUCAUCGAGAAGUCAAAUCUCAUGUUAUUAGGACCUUCCGGUGUUGGGAAGACCUACAUACUCCAAACUCUCGCCCGUGUUCUCGAAGUUCCCUUUGCGACCGUCGAUUGUUCAUCUCUAACUCAAGCUGGCUACAUCGGUACCGACAUUGAAUCUUCCAUUGAACGCUUACUCCUAGCUUCCUCUCAUUCCGUUCAAAAAUGUGAAACCGGCAUAAUCUUCUUCGACGAAAUCGACAAACUCGCCAAACCAGCUGUCAUGACCCAUGGCCGUGAUGUAUCAGGUGAAGGAGUUCAACAGGGUCUUCUCAAAAUGAUUGAAGGAACUAACGUCACUAUCAACGCCAAAUCUGAUAAAAAUGCGUUCAACUCAAGUCGAGGAAUUGAUCGCGGAGGACGUGAAACUAGUCCCCCAAGUAAAAGCGAACAAUAUACAAUUGACACGUCAAACAUCUUGUUUGUAUUUGCCGGUGCUUUCAUCGGACUCGAAAAGAUCAUAUCUCAACGUCUAUCUACUGGCUCCUCCAUCGGUUUUAAUUCCUCUCUCUCAUCCUUGUUCUCCGCCGAACCAACAAAAGAACCAGAAAAAGACAUCCUCGCCCACACCACCCCCACUGAUCUUCAAAACUACGGUCUCAUCCCCGAACUUCUCGGCCGCAUCCCCAUAACCACUUCUCUUUCCCCACUCUCCCUUCCCCAAUUAGUAUCCAUCCUCACCGAACCACGCAAUUCAUUAGUGAAACAAUAUACCGCUUUAUUCGAGACAUACGGUUCACACGGAAUCAUCCUACAAUUUACAAAAUUGGCACUAGAAGCCAUUGCAUCGAGAGCUCUCUACGGUUCUUCAUCUGGAAACACCCAAGAAAGCAAAGGGAAAGGAGAAAAAACAGGUAUCGGAGCAAGAGGUCUCCGCUCGAUUAUGGAAAGCGUCUUACAGGAAAUUAUGUUCAUAGGUCCAUCAUCACCUAAUAUCCGCUAUGUACUCGUUGACGAAGCAUUUGUUCAGGGUAUCGAUACGGAAUCUUCUCAAUAUCCUACUCCGGUCUCUUCUUCUUCUUCUAAAUCAUUCAUAUCUUCCUCAAAUAUAGAAAAUUCAACUAGCAGAGAAACAAUAGAUGGAAAUGGUGAAACACGACUCCCCCGCUGUUUCUCCCGCAAUCAACGCAACAUUUUCGAAGAAGCACGAGAGCAAGAAGAAGAGGUGUGGAAACAGCGCAAAGGAAUUGUGGAAAGCAAGGAAAAGAAAAGUAGAAAUGGGAGUGGAAGGAGAAGUGAUAAAUCAAUGGAAAGUUUUCAGGAAUAUAGGGUUAUAGUCGAGAGUGGAGUGUGAUGUGAUGUGAUAUGGAUUUUGCGAGGAAAGAAGCUGUAUUUCUGGGAAAAUCUGAGCCGAAGCUGGUUGCUGAUGGAUUUUUUUGUUACUUGUGAGGAAAUCUUAUCCACAUCUACAACAUACUGGGUAAAGCGGAGGAAGGACAGGAUGCAAUUAGCGUGACCGUGACGGACGAAGGAAGUGAAUAUGAAUAGGAAUGAAAUUUACGAAUCACAACAUAUUACAGCAACAUAACACAACCCAACCCA